UGGGAAAUUGCUGUUCGAACCACUGAAAUCGCCUCUUUGAGCCAAAGAAUGAGUUCCAGUGCACUAUUACAAAUGAUUUUGUUGAAUUUAAUGGCUCAGAGCACUUUAAGUCAGAAAACAUUAAAAAUAACUGUCAUAAAUGAAAAUAAGAGGAUUUUACUUUCUGAGCUUGGAAUUUCAGAUGGAAGCAAUUCUGACUGAGACUGCAAACUGAUUUAUGAUAAGUAUUCAACUGAGAAGAACAAGAGUAACUUCUCGUUUGCACAAGUUGUCAGCCCUGAAAUGAUCCAAAGUAAUAAAUUUGCUGAGAGAAUAAGCAAAAAAUUAAAGGGAAAUAAAUCUUCUCAGUUGAGAUUUGGAGCACAACUACAAAGAGAUUUCCAGAAUAAUUCAACUUCAAAUUCUUCUGAUAAGAAUCAGGAACAAAAGAAUAUUAGAAGAAACUACUCCUUUGAGUUAUUUGGCGAUUCUUUGAAUUUUGUAGGAGACUUUGACACUCCUGCUAAAAAAUAAAGUUAAAGAUGAUAGUCAUAGAAACACAACUGGCAUUUUUGGAGGAGUCUUUCAUACCGAUCACAAACUAGCUCUUGAAAGAUGCCUACAAUCAUUAAAAUUUGAAAGGAGUCUAAAGUUAGAACCAAGAAGAAGCUUUCAAAACGAUAUCAAAACUUGAUAUCUUGAUAAAAUUAAGAUUGAAGAGCAUAAAGAAACUAGACUCGAUCUUAAGCCAUAUCAGAAAUAGAUUGGCAAAAACAAACAUUUUUAAUUAUGAUAAAGUCGAUCGAUGUGACAGUAAAUUGUCUACAAUUGCCACUAAAUGGCAUAGACAUACAUUUGGACUCAACUCUCAGAGAGAAUCUAGCCAGAUUGAUGAUGAUAGUAUUGAUGAUUGAGAUGAAUUUGAGGUUUGAGUUGACCCUCCUGUUUUCCAGACUACCAAAACUUCUGCAAUUUUUCCAUCACAAAAGAAGUUGCCACAAAGCUCACAACAGAACUCAGAGAGAGCUAGUCAGAGUAUCGCUCAAUCCAAAGAAAAUGAAGCAUGUCAUCAUAACAUAAGCUGGAAUAUAUUCAAUGAGUCACCCUAUUUAAAUUGAGACAGUAGUCUGGAUAGAGAAGUUUCCGAGAGCUUAGAGGAAACAAAGGAUUCUCCUACUUCGCCCAACCAAAUUAUCGAAAGAAUGAAGCAGAGAUUUAAUUCUAAAGCUCAUAUGAUUGAAAAGAAAAUUAUUAAGAGGUUGCUUAAAUCCGAGGUGCAGAAAAUAAAGAGGAUCAGUUCUAUAUUCCACAUUUCAGAAGCUAUGAGUGAAAAAGAGCAAAGAUUGCCGAUGAGUGAAAGUGAAUUUGAAGAGGGUCCUAAUUUUUAUUGAAGUCAUAGUUCAAAUCUGCCAUCAAAGCUUUCUGAUGAUUCUUCUCUUCAAAGAGAAUUGGAGUCUGACAAGAGCCAAACAUUAUUUGAAUCUAGCAUGAUAUCAGAUUUCAAGGAUCCUACAUCUCAACCUGGUACUUAUUCAAUGCAGAGGAGUCAAUGUAAUAUCAACCAUCCAUGGUAUUAUUAA